GUCCGACCGUUGUGGGAAAGAGGAUUCACGACGGGGAUGAAGUUCCAGCACCAGGCGCGGGAGGGCUGGCAUUCGGGAAAAUGCUUCCAGUGUGUGCGUCUUUGAGGCACUCGCUCGCCCUCGGGUCGCCAUUCCGUUCUGCUGCGCUCGGCAAUGCUUCUCGAUUGCUGUCCCCUCGUGUCGCGCGCACGCUGGGAACCAGAGGUGCCUGGAAUUAUGGGUUCCAGGUCGGUGGACGACCGUGCUAUGGCCGCGCGGGUUUAAGGCUGUCGAAUUCAUGCUUUUCCGGAGAUGUCGUUCUGGUGGAAGAGUCGAAAGCACGGCUCUCCGACGGCGAAGAACAAGAGCACGAGGAGGAUGAGGUGCAGAGAGAAGCGGUGCACGUUCCUGUUUUGUUGAAGGAGGUGGUGGAUCACUUCGAAGGUCGGCGAUUGCUGAAUUAUGUGGACUGCACACUCGGUGCUGGAGGCCAUGCUUGCGCUGUUCUAUCAGCUCACUCAGAGAUGGAGACGUUUGUCGGGUUUGAUGUUGAUCCAGUAGCUCACGCCGAGGCUGAGCCCAGGUUACAGCAAGUUAUCAGCACUCGUUCAUCCCCCAGCUCUGAGUUGAAUCUUCACUUGAUACGAACAAACUUCAGAAAUAUCAAGACCGCUCUUAGAGAGAUGAAUCCGAAGCUUGCAGAUGGAGGAGUUGAUGGUAUUCUCAUGGACCUGGGCAUGUCUUCAAUGCAGGUAAAUGAAGGAGAAAGAGGGUUCAGUUUUAUGCGAGAAGGACCUGCGGACAUGCGAAUGGAUCCAACUUCAAGCUUGAAAGCAGAAGAGAUACUCAAUUCGUGGCCAGAGGCCGAAGUGGGACGGAUUCUUAGAGAUUAUGGUGACGAGCGGCGAUGGAAACACAUAGCAAGGAAGAUCGUUCAGCAACGUCUUUCGGGUGGUAUUAACACCACCUCUGAGCUAGUUGCAGUUAUUGGAGGCAGUUCCUUUACAAGAUCAGGUAAGAAUGGACGACUGAAGCCGGGUAUGCACCCAGCUACGCGAAGUUUUCAGGCUCUGCGUAUAGCAGUCAACGACGAGUUGAAAUCCCUUGAAGUUGCCCUAUCCGAUGCUUUUAGUUGCUUGUCACCUGGUGGACGACUACAGGUUAUUUCAUUUCACAGUCUUGAGGACAGAAUAGUGAAGCAGUUUUUCCUAAAUGCAGCAGGGCUGCAAAAAAGUUCAAAUGAAGACUAUGAAGAUUCUGAUGUAAGGGCUCCUCAAGAGUAUAACCACAUUCCUGGCGAAACGAGACAUAGCAAAUACAUUAGGAAAAAAUCACUCACAAACGAGCUUGGGGAAAGAAGUGGAAGGAUAAAGAAUGUAGCUGAAGGCAGGUAUGCCAAAAUUCUUACGAAGAGGCCCAUUGCUCCGAGUGAUGAGGAAAUGUCUGUCAACCCUAGAAGUAGAAGCGCAAAAUUGAGAGUGAUUGAAAAGAAAUAAAGUGCACAAAAUAGUUCAAGA